AUGUAUCGAUUCAGCAACCUGCUUUCCUCAGAGCGUGGCAUGGAUAUCGACCCUAGUGUUGCACAGAUUUAUAUACUGUACUCCGCAUCCACUCCGAACUUGCCACCAGUGCGCCAAGAAUCUCCAGAGCGGCUGUGCGAACGUCUGAAACCUUUAAUGCCAAGGAAGUUGCGCGAAUUAGAAACGAAGUUGUCAGGUGCGCCACCGAUCGCGUCUUCGCAAGAUCCUGCGGUUGCACUUGAGCAUCUCUGGACACCAGACUCUGAAUUACGAGACUUCGCCUGGCAUUGCGUAGGUGACAGCCAUCCAUUUCGAACUAAUUGA